AUGGUGCGCUCAUGGUGCCAGAGCCAAGCAAGACAGAAAAAAUAUGAAAGUAAUGAAUUUGGAUUACAAUCACCAGCAAAGCCCUUAGAUUUGCCAAGCAAAGAAGACAUAAUUAUCAAAGAUUCCUUGAUGAAAACGCAACAACAAAUAUAUAGGGAUUUAAAAAGAAUGACACCAUCAAUCUGGCAUAAAAAUCAUGUUGUAGAUAUUGCAGAAACAUUUACUGAACUCAUCUUACAUCAAUCAACAAGAAAAGGCAAUAGAGAACCAAAAGACAAAGAAAAGGAAGAAGAACAAAUAGAACAAGAACAAGUCAAGUCGACAUGUAUAAUGAAGGCAGGUAAACCUGCAUCAUUAACAGAGGUAUUAGAUCUUAUUAAAUCAACAGAUGCGUGUAAGGUAUUAAUAACAGGGAAGGGAGGAAUGGGCAAGACUACUCUCCUUAAAUAUAUUGCUUAUCAGUGGGCUACUGAUGAUGAACAUGUCUUUGCUGAUAAAUUACUAUUUCUGAUGAAUAUCAGGGAAAUUAAAGCAUGUGUAAAGUUCUUGGACAUGAUUAUGAAAAAAAUUGAUUCAAAUGGAAUAAUUAUAAAGAAUAAUUUGAAUGAUAAUUCAGUUGAAAAUUUCCUGGUCAAACAUGAUAAUGAAAUAGUAAUUUUGUUAGAUGGAUAUGAUGAGUUAGAAAGGGAUGCUAAAGACCCAUUAGAUCUAUUUAAAAGAACUGAAUUGCAAAAAAGCACUGUGGUGAUAACAUCUCGACCUGACAACACAGCUGAUUUGGUUAAAUGCUGUGAUGUACACAUUGAAGUAAAGGGAUUCAGUCCAGGAAACAUAAAGAAAUAUAUUCACAAAUAUUUUAAAUCAAUUGGUGCAUCCGAAGUUGGUGAAUUGCUAAUAAAAGAGUUCAGGCUUAAUUCGGAGUACACAUGGCAUUGGGGUGUUGAUCACGAAGAAGCAUUUGAAUUGUGUUCAUCUCCACUGUUAUUGCUUCAUAUUUGUACCAUAUGGAAACAAAAAAGUCUUCUUCCCACAUACUUGCCAGAUCUCUUCAAGGAAAUCAUUUGUUGUACUUUAAAUCAAUACCUAAACAGGACUGGCAAUGGAACUGCAAUUGCUAAUUUCGACAGAAUUCCAGAUAAAUAUGUGUCUGCCCUUUCAGCUUUAGGGGGAUGUAUGUAUGAAGGACUAAAGAAAAAUGCACUAUCUAUUGACAAAUAUGUUUUGUCAGAGAUUGCAAAUAAUAAAGAUGUAGUAGAUUUAGCACUGGAUUUUGGAUUUGUUUAUGAAGAUAGCCCUAUUGAUCCAGGUGAUACGAGGAAAAUGUACACUCCACCACACAAGUUAAUUUCAGAGGCACUAGCCGGGCUGUACCUGUCUGCACGAAUUCAGAAAGGGAGUGCAGCGUUUCACUCUGCUAAUAAAAUUGAGGAAGAUCAUUUGAAAGCAGAGGAGUAUGAGGUGAUAAGAUCUAAUGAAUAUCUACAUAUGACAAGAGUGUUUACAGUAGGAUUUCUUGGUGAUAAAGCUGGUAAAUUGCUAAAACAUUGGUUCAUAAAGAGGGCCACAAAUUUUUACUCAAUAGCACAAUGUUUCAGACAUGUGAAAGAUGAACAUGAGCACCAUGUACUACAGGAACUGGAUAACAACAAUGAAAUGAAAGCAUGCUGUGAGCAAAUAUGUCAGUCAUUCAGAAGAAUUCAUAAUGACAACGACAUCAAAAAUAUGCAUUUAUUCAAACUUAUGCGUUACAUUGAAUGUGAGUAUGGGCAAGAAUAUGAAUUUGAACAGGCGGCAAUCUCUAUUAUAGAUACAUCCAGUGAAGAGUCUUUAAGAAUUUCAUGCAGAGAUUUUGUACACAGCUCAGUUGCAGCACAAGGAGCUUGGCCAACAGAACAUUUUUUUGGAUAUAUUUCAAAUUGGGGAGAUAAAAGAAUCAAUAUUCUUUCAGCUGCGAUGAAAAAUAUAGAUAUGACAUAUAAUCAAAGGGAAAUCAACUUUAAGGAUUUUGAAGUUAGUUCUUCAUUUUUAAUUCAUCUCUUAAAACAUGCAAGAAACCUAUCUACCAUAACAUUCUGUAUAACUUCUGUACUCAGUGAAGUUAUAAAUGAGUUACACAAAACUCACACUAAGUUGAAAUUAACCACACUUAUUAUUAAUGAUCUCCGCGAUACUGAUGAAGGUUUACUAGAAAAACUGUUUGAAGUGGCUCCUGAACUAAAAUAUUUAGAAGUAGACUGUUGUACACUAUCAAGCAAUAUUGUUAAAAUGAUGAAAUAUUGUUAUAGGAUGAAUGUAGCAUUGACAUUCUACGAGCUUGAACUGUGUCAAAAUUUAAACCUUUCAGAUAUUGAUGGUGAAUCACUUGCAGCAUUAAUAUGGGUAGAUAGUGGGAGGAUUGGGGAAAUAAUUUAUGAUGAUAAUUAUUAUUAUUAUUCUGAUGAUGGUUAUUGUGCUUCUGAUUUUUGCGGUACUUUCAGUUGGAGAAAAUAUUCUCUUACAGCUGAUAACCUACAAAGGCUGGUUGAAUCAGAUGUAAAUAUGAGACCGAAUUGGAUAAGGAUAAAUUUGAGUAAGAUUAACCUAUCUUCAGUCAGUGGUAGAACAUUAGCUUGCCUUCUUAAGAUUUCCCCAGACCUGAGGCAUAUUGACAUGAGUUAUUGCAGUUUAUCAGGUAGUAUUGUUAAUGAAAUGAUGGAGGAAUGUGGUAGGAUGAAUAUAGUAUUGAAAGACAAAAUGCUUGAACUAGAUGGCAAUGACCUUUCAGAUAUUGAUGGUAAAUCACUUUUGAUAACCUACAAAGGCUGGUUGAAUCAGGUGUAA